GUCGUCGUCUCAUCACCAUCAUCAUCCUCGUCGAUCGUGGUCAUCACCUGUCCAACGCUACAGAAUGCUGCGCCCUACUUUGCCACUCUUCAGCAAAGCUGUGCGACUCCCUCUCAACUCAAAGAAGGCGAAUCGCGACUUCUACAAGGGAACACGUACUGGCAACCCACUCCGUCGAACCCGUAUCGCCCUCAUGUCGCACCAUGGCUCGAGGAUUCAGAGGGAUCCAGCUACAGGCAGGGAAAAGACGUGGACUAUCAUGGGACACAGACUUGAUGAGAGUAGGAUGAUGAGCUUCGUCGUUCCGCCCGGAUUGGAGGGUUGCUCUCUCAAACCCUACGUGCAGCGUGCCUUUUCGCCAGCUGCAGAUGCAGAAGGUGUGCCGCACCUCCGUGGUGGAUAUCCGGCAGUGACCAGGAACAAAGAAGUAGAGGAAGGCGUGGCGCUGGGUGAGGGUGGGUUGGAUGCUGUCAGCUACGAGGAAGCGAGGAGAGUCAUUUGGAACAGGAGGUCAUGAUUAAGCAGCACCGAGGGACAGCAAGUGAUAACAGGAGGAGAGGGACGAGAUAGACAGCCUCAGCGCAUAGGCGCCAUCGCUGGAGGCCACCAGCACCCAUUUGUACUAUACAAUUCGCGACGCAUCGAUGUGGAACAUCUUUGCUUCACACAAGAAAUCAGCCUACCCUGUAAUCUUUGUCUGUCGUAUGCGAAGCCAAGGCCCCGUCAUGGAAGUGGAGCUA